CCGCACUGGCCAUUUUGGCUCAGUCCGAAGCUGUACGUUCAAUUAAAAGUCCUCCGUCGUUAGGUCCAAAAUGGCCGAUGCGGCAGCUUGGUUUCCUAGCAAUAUCCAGUUAUAGCUGCUUCGCCAUUUAACGUCAUAUCGCUGGAUAAGAGGAAGCGGCGCUUCUCCGCCGAGUCAGAGACCAGCGUAGAAUCUGCCGGCGCGUCUCCCGCGCACCAGUCAGACACGCUCACGGCGGAACCGCGAGCCAGCUCAAGCGACUGACUGACUGACGCGCGCUCUCGCGCUCUGCGGCGCAGCGGAAUGGAAUGGCGGAGGGGGGCGGCAGAGCACGGACUACAGCGCUGCUUUGCCUUCGCCGUUCAAUAGCUGGCGUUUCCUCAAGCUGAAUCACCGUCCGAGAGCCGCAUUCGGCCGUCGGAGCGGGGAUAUCCCGAUAAAAACUGACGUUUGAAGUGGAUACCAGCAGAAGAGUUAAGAAGACUGCUCUGGAACGACCGAGGAGAAAAAUUAUACAAGACAUCUUGACAGCAGUUGAAGAAUUUCUGGUUUGUUGUUCAUUCUUAUUGCCCACCUAUUCGUCGUUUCUCCAUCUCCGCAGCGCCUGCCAGGGUGGAAGCAGGUGUUACGCGGAGGAGCAAACGAGGGGGACUGGAAAAGAUAUCGUUGCUUUAUCUAAUAUUAUUUUUCAUUUAUUUUUGGGCAUCUGAUCAGUGUUCUACUAUUUAAGCAUAUACGGAAUUAAUAGAUAUAGGUAAAGAAAAGGAAUAAUCAGCACGGAGGAUUCAAGGAAUGUUGAUGAGUCGUUCGAAGAGAAAGGAGAGAAAUGGGACCUUUUCAGAGCCUAGUGUUAUGAAAACCGGAGAGAAAGCGAUGUGCACUGCGAACAAAUAAUUUUUUUGUAAGUUAACAUAAGGGAGAUGAUGAGUGUGUAUGUCCAAGAAAUAAGGCAAUGGGUGAUUCUGGGGGGAGUUGAGUGAGUGUGUGUGUGUGUGUGUGUGUGUGUGAGUGUGUGUGUGAGAGGAUGAGAGCGUGUGAGUGCGUGCGUGCGUGCCUUGCAGAUUAGAAAACUGAAGUGAGUAACCUUUAAGGGGAGCACAUUGUGGUCAGCUGCAGAGGGGGGAUCACAACAGGAGGACGUGUGCGGAUGCAGACAGGAAUGGAGAAUUUGCACAAACGAUGGAUGUAGAACAAGAUGGCUUUGCUCUGAUGGAGAUGAAGUUUGGGAGAUGCUCAGCCAUUUGUUACUAUGGACAUGUGUAGCUCGCAUUCUCUCCGACUGGAUUUUUUUUACGCAUUUCUUCUUUCAUACUCCUUAUUCUCGUCCCACCCCCCCUCCAUGGGAUGGAAGGCUGAGUGUUUGCUUUAGAUUUUUUUGCUCAACGGAUUCAUUGAUUGGCAUUCAUUAGCCAAACAGAACAACCACAGUUUUACUUUAUAAAGAAGCAGCCACUACAUGAACAGAUACCGCAGAGGCACCUAUAGACGGAAAUAAAUCUCACCUCUAUCUGGAUUACUGACGCUCCCUCAGACAUUUGGAGCCAGUUUCUCGUGAAUUGAUUUUGUUGACCUUGCCUGUCUUGGUGGCCUUUCGAAAACAUGGCCAAUGAAAUAAAUUCUGAGGAGUAGAAGAGAAGCAAGUGAAGGGUUAUUAGCUGCUGUCUUUUCCCCGGCUGUCAAUCAGCCCCCCUCCUGACAUACAGGAAUCCCCUAAUCCCCCCCCCCCCCCCAAAAUACAUAGUAUAUUUCAAAAGUGAUAGACUUUGACAGGCUAUGAUGUCCUUCCUCAUAACACUGUUGUCUCCAUCCUCCUGAACAAUCGACGAUUCCCUUCACUGGACCGCAUUUUUGGUUACAUGCAGGUUACAUGUGAAAGAACCACACCAGUUCCCGCACACAGAAACACACACACGUAGAAUUCCUUUCUUUAUGGAUUCUAUCUCAGCAAGAACAUUUAAUUCUUAACAGUUGAGACAGUGUAAACUGGAUGUUUUCUAUUCCACCGUAACUCAUAGGGAGAGAAGCGGGAAAAACAGAUCGGUGACCCACCUUUGUCAGACCAUUCAUUGAUAGUCCUCUCCCCCCCACUUGCUCUCAGUGGGGGGGGGGGACACGUUCUCAGAGCCAUCCUGGGUAAUUGCUUCUGCGGUUAGCCAGGUGCGAGGCCCCUGACCAUGGACGCAGGUCAGGGCAGCCCGGAGAGCCCCAACAGGGCUGUUGAGUACCUUCUUGAGCUCAACAACAUCAUUGAGAGUCAGCAGAAGCUCCUGGAAACUCAGAGGCGGCGGAUUGAGGAGCUGGAGGUCCAGCUGGACCGGCUGAGCCAAGAAAACAAGGAUCUCCGCUUAGACCGCCAGCCCCGUGCAUCGGAGCCCGGCAGGUCGGUCCACCAGAACCCCGCAGUCUCCACACCCAGCCACGCGGCCCACUCCCACAACAGCAAUGCCAGCACCGGCCCACCUCCCCCUCCCCCGGUGCCGGCACGGGACCGGCGUGUGCACACCAGGCUCUCACGGGGACUCUCCUGUGGAUCGGCCCCAGUGGACAGGGAGAAAGACAGGGAGAGACUGGACCGGACGGACAGCUCCAGCACCAGCCCAGCCACCACACUGCACAGACAGUCAGAUGGAGACUGUUCCAAAAAAGCCAGUGUGGAAGGGGACCCCCCGAUCUCUGAAGUGGGCAAUUUCUCAGACCCUCAGUGCAGCCAGGCCCCGUAUCUGCGUGGUGCCGAUCGAUACAGCGACGGUGGCGGGCUCCCCAGUACCCAGGGACCACCGGCCGCCCCGCCGAGCCCUGCUAGUCUGGCCUGGGCACAGCGGAGCCGGCACCAGCCUGCCAGCCUGGCUCUCCGCAAACAGGAGGAAGAGGAGAACAAGAGGUGCAAGGCGCUUUCUGACAGUUAUGAGCUCUCUACGGACCUCCAGGACAAGAAGGUGGAGAUGCUGGAGAGGAAGUACGGCGGUUACUUCCUGAGUCGGCGGGCCGCGCGCACCAUCCAGACGGCCUUCCGCCAGUACCGCAUGAACAAGAACUUUGAGCGGCUGCGCAGCUCGGCCUCAGAGAGCCGCAUGACGCGCCGCAUUGUCCUCUCCAACAUGCGCCUGCAGUACUCCUUUGAUGAGCGGCAGCCCCAGGCACAGCAGCGCUAUGCCGGUGCUGGCGGCCGCCCACUCACCCAGGCCGGAGCCCCUGACAUGGCCGGCGGCUCCCCGCCCCGUGGUUCUGCUGACCGGCCUGAGUACACUCACUUGGAGGACUCCUUCUCCAAGCAGGUGAAGUCCCUGGCAGACUCCAUCGACGACGCGCUGACGUGCCAGUCGGGACGAGAGGACUCACAGGAGGGCAGCAGGGAAGGAGUGGAGGGUGACGAUUUCGGGGAGUGCGUGUGGAGCAACAGCAGCAACCCCUUGUCUCGCCGGGGACACGGGGAGCGGGACCGGGGCGGCGGCGGGGGCCUGAGCAUGCACGAGGACAGCACGGCUACGUCCUACAGUGACGUCACGCUCUACAUGGACGACGGGCUGCCGUCGUCGCCGCUCUCGCUCGAUAGGGCUCCCAGUAGCACGGACACUGAGUUCUGGGGCAUGGGGGGUGGGGUUGGGGGGCGCGAGGACAGCCGCGACACCGAGGGCGGCGGUAGCAGCAACAGUCGCCGUAGCACCCCCUGCACGGAGUGCCGCGACUACCGGCUGCGGGGGGCCCACCUGCCCCUGCUGACCAUCGAGCCGCCCAGCGACAGCUCAGUGGACAUGAGCGACCGCUCUGACCGCGGCUCCCUCAGCCGGCAGCUCAUCUAUGAACAGGAGCCGGGCGGGGGGGCAGGCUCACCCCAGGGCACCCUCAAGCACAGCCCCAACACCCGCACCGUCUCCACCGCCCAAGGCCAAACCCGUACCCCGGUCAGGCCUCAUCCCACUGUCCUCCCUGCCCAACUGCCCCAUCACGUCGCCACCCACCAUCACCACCACCACCAUCACCACCACCACCCGCUACACCACCACCAGUACCCCGACACACCACCCUCCUCCGCCUCUCCCCAACAGCAGCCCCCCACCACUCCCCUGUCCUCCUCUUCCUCCGCUCCCAUGGCCCCCAGCAGCCUGGAGCAGCCGUGCUGCUCGGAUGGCGACAAUGACUCGCUCAACUCCACCACAAACUCCAAUGAGACCAUCAAUUGCAGCUCGGGCUCGUCGUCCCGCGACAGCCUGAGGGAGCCUCUGCCCCCACUGGGCAAGCAGACCUACCAGCGAGAGAGCCGCCACAGCUGGGACUCGCCGGCCUUCAACAAUGACGUGGUGCAGCGGAGGCAGUACCGCAUCGGCCUCAACCUCUUUAACAAGAAGCCGGAGAAGGGCAUUCAGUACCUGAUAGAGAGAGGCUUUGUGUCAGAUACUCCAGUUGGCAUUGCCCGCUUCAUCCUCGAGAGGAAGGGGCUGAGCCGGCAGAUGAUCGGGGAGUUCCUGGGUAACAGACAGAAGCAGUUCAACAAAGAUGUGUUGGACUGCGUGUUGGAUGAGAUGGACUUCUCAGGGAUGGACCUGGACGAUGCUCUGAGGAAGUUCCAGGCCCAGAUCAAGGUUCAGGGAGAGGCCCAGAAGGUGGAACGCCUCGUGGAAGCUUUCAGUCAGAGGUACUGUGUCUGUAACCCGGGGCUGGUCCGCCAGUUCCAGAACCCGGACACCAUCUUCAUCCUGGCCUUUGCCAUCAUCCUCCUCAACACCGACAUGUACAGCCCCAACGUCAAACCCGAGAGGAAAAUGAAGCUGGAGGAUUUUAUAAAGAACCUACGAGGGGUGGACAACGGUCAGGACAUCCCCAGAGACAUGCUGGUAGGCAUCUACCAACGCAUCCAGAAGUGGGAGCUGAGGACCAAUGACGACCACGUGUCCCAAGUGCAAGCCGUGGAGAGAGUCAUCGUGGGGAAGAAGCCCGUGCUGUCGCUGCCCCACCGCAGGCUAGUGUGCUGCUGCCAGCUGUAUGAGGUACCUGACCCCAACCGACCCCAAAGGAGCGGUGUCCACCAGAGGGAGGUCUUCCUCUUCAAUGACCUGCUGGUGGUGACGAAGAUCUUCCAAAAGAAGAAGACGUCAGUCACGUACAGCUUCAGGCAGUCUUUCCCUCUAGUGGAGAUGCAGGUCCACCUGUUCCAAAACUCCUACUACCCCCACGGCAUCCGGCUGACGUCGGCCAUCCCGGGAGGGGAGAGGAAGGUUCUAAUCGUGUUCACGGCUCCCAGCCAGCAGGACCGCACGCGCUUCACCAGCGACCUGCGCGAGAGCAUCGCCGAGGUGCAGGACAUGGAGAAGUACAGGGUGGAGUCGGAGCUGGAGAAGCAGAAAGGGGUGAUGCGGCCCAGUCUGCUGGGUGGAGGGGGGGUCGGCGGGGGUGGCACCAGCGUAGGGGGCAGCGUGAAGAGCGAGGCUGUGAACGGCACGCUGGGAAGGCCUAGCCUAGAUGACAGCUAUGCAGCCGGCGAGGGACUGAAGCGGACUGCGCUCAGCUCUUCACUGAGGGACCUUUCUGAGACAGGGAAACGCGGUCGCAGGAACAGCGUGGGUUCCCUGGACAGUACCAUUGAAGGUUCCAUCAUUAGCAGCCCUCGACCACAUCAGCGCCUCCCCAUGGCAGGCAUGGCAGGCGUGGUACCCAGCUGCUAUGGCCUGGAAGAUUACCGGCCUCACCGCCCCAUCCUGAGCCCCGGAGUGGGGGUGGGGGGUGGGCCGGGGCAACAACAUACCGCUGCUGGGACAACGGGAGUGAGUGGAGGUGGAGGAGUGUCCAGCAGCAGCGAGAGAGGAGGGCUGGGGAGUGGCAGCGGGGGGAGCAGCUCCGGCUCCUUCCUCGGCUCCCUGUUUGGCAGCAAGCGAUCCAAGGCCCCGGGGCCCAUUAUCCCCCCGGGGCCCAUUAUCCCCCCGGGACCACAUUACCCAGCGCCCGUGCCCCCCCCCACCAGCGGCGGCCCCCCACCACACUCCCCUUCUUCUCUAAGCCAGUCCGAGGUGGGCGGGCCCUCGAAGAUCCAAGCCCUACAUGCACAGUACUGCCACAGCGGCGGCGCUGGGGGGCAGCCGCCCCCCCCAUACCACCACCAUCAUCGCUACCACGUGCAGACCAUCCCGCCACCUGGGCAGACGUCCACCGGCCAGGUCUCAGCCCUGCACACCCUGCAGAGAGGCUCCCUGCCCCGCCGCCCACCGCCCGCAGCCUCCCACGCCCAGCUACAGCAGCUCUCGCAGCUCGGCCCCAUGCCCCAGCAUGGCCUGCCAGGCCGCUAUGCCAACAUGGGCAUGGCCGUGGGCUGCGUGCCGCCCCCAUCCCCACACUCGCCAAUCUCCCCGUACCCGCUGUAUCACGUGCAGCCCACACACUCUGUCCGGGGGGGCGCCGGGCCAGGCAAGCUGCCCCUCACGCUCACUCACUCCCACCCCCAUGCUCACAUGCUCCCUCUCUCGCACACGCACACGCACACACACCCAGGCCUCGCCCACAGCCCCCACCCAUCUACCGGCCACCCCGGGCAUCAGCCUCACUUCGUGUUCGCCACUCCGCCUCCGCCUCCGCCCGGCCCCAUCACCGCCCGCCACCUGCCCCAGGGCGCCCAGUAUCUGCCCCAGUACCCUCCACUCUCCUCAAUCCCCCCUCCCCCACCACUCCCCUUUACCCCCCCCUUCAUCCCCCCUUACCCCACUUACGCCUCUCUCCCCUCACCCCCCUCAGCACCCCGGGCAGCCGCAACAAUCGGGCCAGCAGGUCGGCCACGCCGGAGGGGCCGUGAGCGGCGGCACCGGCACGGCAGGCAGCUCCAAGUCCAAGCCUAUCAACCGUAUCAGUACUGUGGUUUGAGAGGGGCGCAAGGCUGGGGCCGCAGGACCAGGGGGGCCCGGGGGGUGCCGUGGUCGAGGCCGGCGGAGGCGAGCCGGGUCCGCAGGAGGCAGAGUCGGAGGCGACGUCGGAGGGCCGGCCGCCGCAAAAAGCGUAGCCUGCUCCGCCUCUGCUACUUUCAUAUCCGCUUCCCGCGCGUGUAGCGAGCGAGCGAGCGAGCAAGAUGCGUGUGCUGCGGAAAGGGCCUGGCACUGACGCUCAUGCGCGCCGCCUCUUCCACAUUCCCCAAACCUGACAUUUACUGGGAGUCCAGCAAGGACGGCUAUGCGUUUGAGGCGACGGCAGGGGCAGACAGGGAGAGGCAGGUUGCUUUUCGGAAGUGAAUAUUUGUGCUUCGCAAACAAAGGGCUUCUGUUUCCUGAUUUAACAGAAGUUACACGAACUGCAUGCAGCUGCCAAACACAGGAUUCACUAAUUGGGUUGCCAAACUUAUAGUCAGGGAUUGACAGCGUUACGGUUCCAUUUUGAUCCAUUUCACAGCGACUUGGUGGAGGAAUUUCAUAUCUGUCAGAGAAUGAACAGAUGCCUUUGUUUCUCUGAUUAAGCUCAGCUGAAAGAAAGUGGAAGGACUGAGAAAGUAAGCUAAGUGACAAGAUAACAGAAGAUAAAGGAAGACGCUAUACAGGUGCUCAGGUUUCAGUGGAGCGAUGCGGGGAUGAUCGAUACAGUAGGACAGCUGGGCGUUGAGUCGGCACGCACACACUGAUGCUGUUAUUUAGGAUAGCAGAAGCAUGUGCCUGCAGUCCUGUAUAUAUAUGCACUCAUGGGCAGAAGGUCAAACAGUGACGGAUUUAGCCAGUCUGUGUGCUGCUGUAUUCACCCAUUAGAUACAAUAUGAACAGCGGCAAACAAAAAGCCCGAGGUCCAGUGACUCUUUGGAUGGGUACAGCCUGGACAGGCUGCUGACUACUUCAGACAGCUGCCAGAUGGACAAAUUUAUACAGUUUAACCUGAAGGGUUUCAGACGGAACUAGGCAAUAUGACUGGAAACAUUAUUCAGUGAUGCCUUCGCGAUUUGGCUCAUCAUCAGUGAUGAUCCAGCCAAACCAGCAUCCAGAAAGUGUUCUUGUUUAAAGUCAACAUACAUUUUCAUAACAUUUCAACAGUUUUUUUUUUUUUUAUAUGUAUAUACCAUUUUUAUCCAUUAUCCAUCCCAGUAUGGAAUGCCAUUUUGGACAAUUCCAGCAGCCUGUGGGGCAGAAUUUGCUCUCCUCUGAAACACUCCCUGUCGAAUCGAUGGCUUUUUUUUUUAAAAAGAAAAAAAAAAAGAUACUGCAGGUCACAGCAAACAGGCAGCUAAAGGUAGUUUCUUUGGAGCUCUGACUGGUCCGUGGCAAGUCCUGCUAGCUUAAAAUCAUUCCCCCAUGCUGAAUCAACGCCAAUUACCUUCCUGCCUCCUUAGAUCUCUGCAUCUGAAAAAACAGAGGACUCAUUCGCUGUACUCAUUCGCUGGUAAACGUAUCCUCAUGUUUCUAUUUUUCUAUUUGAAAUUGGUGGAUUUGUCAUCUGUAAACUAUAAUGCAGUCUAAGUGAAACUUAAAGGUGUUUAACUUUACCAUCCUAUUUGUACAUUCCAAAACUAACUACUAUUCUGGAUGGUGGAGAUGGUGGGUAAACCCUAUUUGAUCUACUGUAUAGACAAAAAGUGUGUAGACAGAUCAAUGUCAUUCCAUUUUCAUUCUAUUUUAUCUGUUAUCCUGGACAUAUGGGUGUCUGCAGCAACUUGUGGCGAUUUUUUGGAGAGAUUAUUUAAAACUUGCAGGGAAAAGGACAAUCUGAACCAUUUAGGUUUUUUACUUUUAUUUUUUAGUUAGUCAGUGAAUAGCCAUAAUACUUUUAAUAUGUUCUUUUUUUCUUCUCCUUCUUGGAAUAAGCCAGCAAAGUAGUUCUGAACCAAAGUGGAGCCCUGCAGAUGUUUCAAUUAGAGUUUACAUACUUCGUAUUCAGAUUUGUAAUUCCUCGCAUAUCCAUCCAUGUGUGAAGAAGCCACUUCUAAAACAACUAGAUCUGAAUAAGCUCUGUAAUGGGUUUGUUACUUAGUUUUAUCAGAGUUACUAGACCACCAUUUUUUCCCAUACCAAAAGAAUGUUUAACAUGCAUAGAAGUAUGUAUCAGUAACAUUCCAUAACAUGAUAAUUGUGGCAUUUAAAAGACCCAAAUAAGCUGAUAGGUGCUGCCAUUGUGACUGAGGUAAAGCAGAGAGCAGAGAGACCAAUGGACAGACAGAAGGGAGACGAUUUGCUCAGUCUGUUGGGAUUUAUAUGCAUUUCCCUUCAAGUAUUUUUACAUUACUGUUAUUACUAAUUUUUAUUUGCAAACUUUAGUCUAUUUUUGCUGGUAUCAGUGUUAAAUUGAUCAUUCCUAUUAUGAAUAUGCUCUUUGUAGAAAUACUAAUUUUUACUAACAAUUGCAGUCCUAUGAUGAACGAGCAAGAAAAAUAUGUUAUAAAUACUCUAGCUAUGGAAAUCCCUCUCAGACUUUGAUUGUACAGGAGAGCCUGAUGCUGUGUGUGUUUGAGGUUGAGUUAUUAUAAUGUCACUUAUUACUAAUAUUGUUGAAAUUGUUGUUAAUGGUGUAACUGCUAUUGAUAUUAUUGUUUCUAGCAGAGCAGUUUUUCUAUAAUUUUUAUAUUGUCUUCUAAAGGAGUCACACGAUAUGCUUGUGUGUUUGCGCGCGUCCGAUACGCUAAAUUUAUAGGAGCAACCAUUUGAUUUAUUUCAGUUGCAUCAUAAAAAAAAACUCGCCGUGACAUCUGACCUAUAUUGUUAUAUUAAAUUACACACUUAUUGCAGAGGAUACUGUAUCUACAGGUGCAUAUAUUCAUGGAAAAAUAUAGCAUGUCACUUUGCGCAUACACAGAAACUGCAAAUCAACAUUGUUUAUUUUAACUGCAUCACAGUGCUAAGGUGCCGCUUUUGGAUACAUUUUUGUAGCUUUGCGCACAGUGAGUACACUGUUGAGCCCCAUUCCUCUUGCCACCACCCUGGCCUCUUCUUCUGUCCCCGUUUCCCCAGUACCACCUCUUUCUCAGCUUAAGUGUGCUUCACGCUGCCUUGGACUUGGCUGUAUUCUACUACGUACUAUAUCAUGUUAACAGAAGGGAGCGGCUGAAAGAUGCACCUAUUGGCUGAUGGAGCUCUACUGCACUGUAACGUGCUUGUUCGUGCUGCUUCGGAAUUGACUGAGCUGUACAACAUUAUCGGCAUUAAUGUCGGCUGGGGUACCCAUCGAUUAACAGACAGCCUAACCUCUCUUGUUUACUCUUAUGCAUCAAAGAUACUGCAUUUGCUCUCUUUUCUCUCUUUUUUAUAAAAAUUUGAGCCCUCCUGUACCGAGGAUUGCGCGUCUCCUCGAAUGAAAGCUGAAUAAUGAAACAAGCCCAACAGACAUGACCAAUGAGGAAGGGGAGCCUGGAACACAGCGCUGACUUAUAGGGAAUAUGGGAAAGAGAGAGAAGAGAACCUCUGUUGAUGUCUUUGGCUUUGUGUAUUGGCUAUCACUGACUCCAGUCAGAACUGCCAGUGUCUUCCCAUUGUGAUUCAUGUUGCAUGUGUAUCUGCACUUACUGAAUGAAGCUGUACAGACCUGAAUGUACAUAUUAUCUUAUAUAAAUAAUCAACAUUGACUAUGGAAUGGAUUGUACCAUGUUUCUGUAAUUCAGGGGAUUUGGCAGAAUUAAUAUUGUUUUUAUCUGGGUUGGGAAUGAGGGAAAAAUGUCACUGUAAAGUAUUAGUACGUGUGUGUCAGAGGUCUUAAUAUUAUUUUAAACAGACCAGAAAUAUAUAUGGAAUUUUAUUUGUAUAUAUAUGAGGUUUUAACUGAAGAAAUACAGAGAAAUUACAUGUGAAUAUUUAUUGCUUCUAAUACUAUAAAACGUUCUUGCUGUGGAAAA